AUGAGAUCAGUAAGUACACCUCUGCCAAUAGGUAGGUCACCAUCUGUACCUUCAUCUUCAUCUUCAUUAAAUCUUUUGCAUAAUCAUCAUAAUCAAUAUCAACAAUAUCAAUAUAAUAAUACUAAUAAUCCUGAUAGUGAUAAAUUAAUUAAAGCAUUAUUAAAACAAUUUAAAAAACUCGAAAAUGAAUUAAAUAAAUUUAAUUCAAAGAAAUAUAAUCAUUCAACUGCUAGUCCUUCAUUAAAGGGUAAUAUAUUACGAACAUCUUUAUUACCAUUUCUUAGAUCCAAUAAUAAUCUUGAUAUUUAUUUCCCAAGGAAUUCUCAAAUUUAUAAGAGUUUAAAUACGGUUAUAACUUCAAUAUUAAUCAAAUGGUGGUAUUCAUUAAUUGGGAAUUUAAAUACUACUUCAAAAUCUACUAAUAAUAAUUCAAAUAAUAAUUCUAAUUCUCAACCAUCAAAUAAUUCACAAUCAUCAUCAACUUCUUCAAUUGAUCCAUAUCCUGUAUUAUAUUCUUCAAUUCCGGCCAGUGAUAGAAAUGCAUAUUUAGAAUGUAUAUCAAGAAUAUUAAGUCGUGAUGAAUGGAAUUUUAGUGAUUCUGAUAUUUAUAAAGAAUAUGAGAAUUUAUUAGUUAUAACAUUAGAUUAUUGUAUUGAUAGAAUGACUAAUUUAAAAACUUUAUCAUUAUCAGUAUCAGCAUUUAUUGGGAAAAUAUUUGCUUUUAGUUUUUUUAAAUUACCAAAUGUUAGUACAGCAUUAUUAUUUCUUUUAAAUGUUAAACAAAUAACAUUUGAAAAUACCAGUCAUUUAUUAGGAGUUAAACAUGAUAGUCAUACUAUGGAACAAUUAUAUAAUAUAUUUCCAAAACAUUUACAUUAUUUAAUUAAUUUUCAAGGAAUAAAUACUUUAACAACUAAGGGACAAAAAUUCUUUAUGAAUUGUACUCCACCUCCAAAACAUCCAGUUAAUGGUAUAAAGGAACCUAAUGGAAAUUGGGUUAGAAGAUGGUGUAGUUGUGAUUCUAAUGUUUUUAAUUCAUUCUUUAGACAUUAUAUUAGUAUAUUACAGAUUGAAAUUGAUAAAUCUUCAAGUAUUCAUCAAGAUUUAUCUUAUCAAGUAUUAUUAUAUUGUCCUGGGUUUAAUAUUAUAAUGAGUCAUGUAUUUCAUUUAUUUCAAAUGGGUAUUACCAGAAUAUCCAAUAAUAAUUCUAAUUUUAAUAAUAGUUCGAAAUUUCAAGUUCAAGCUUCAAUCUCAAGCUCAAGCUCUAGUUCUAGUUCUAGUUCUAAUGGUCCUCCACCUCCACCACCUUCAGGUACAAUUCCUAUGAAACAAACAGAUGUCUACUAUAAUUCAAUCAUUAAGAUAUUUAAAACCUUAAGAGAUGUUACCUAUACUAGUAAAAGUGAUGAUUUAAUUACUAUUGGAUUAAUUAAAUAUUUUGAUAAGGUAUUGGUUACCAUUGCUCAAGAAACAACUAUUUAUGAUUGUAAUAAAAAUGGAUUAAUCCUCACAAUAGUUUAUGAAUUUAUUAAUCAUAUAACUAAUAAUACUGAUAAAAUUCAAUUAGAUGGAACUAAUAAUGGUAAUAUAGAUAUUUUAAAUUUUAAACGAUUAAUUGAUUGGGAAUUUUGGUUAAGUUGUAAUUAUAUGAUGAUUGAAAAUACUGAUCAUAUUCAAGUAUUAUUAAAGAAUAUGUCAUUUUUAUUUAAUAUUUGGGAUAUGAUUCCUGAAUCAUUAUCGAAAUUUGCCUUUGAAGAUGGAACUAUUGGAAACAGACCAAAUCAUUAUAAUUGGUUAACUGAAUUAAAUGAAAGUUUUAAAUAUAAUUUUAUGAAUUAUUUAAUAUCUAAUAAGAAUUUUAUUAGAUUUAUAACUCAUUGGAAUCCUAUUAUAAGAUCUUAUUAUCUUCGAUUAUUAACUUGGAGAAUUAUUGGAAUUAAUAAUUAUCAAUCAUCUAUUAUGAUUCAAACUACUAAAAGAGUACAAAAGAAAUUAACUAGAUGUUAUGAAAUUUUACAUCAAUUUACUAUAAAUUAUCAAAAUAUUGAUUCGGAUAAAUUAAAAUUUGAAUUAAAUUAUAAAUCUGAUAAUCCUUUAGUUAAUAGAAAGUUUGGAAUUUUACCAAUUAAUGGUAAGAAUGAUUAUUAUUUAUCAAUUCAAGAUGAAAUAACUCCUUCAACUCCAAUAAUGAAUUCUAUGAAUUCAGAUAUUAUGACUGCUACACCAUUUAAAUCAAGUGAAUUAAGAAAAACUCAUGCUUAUGAAGUAUUAGAUGAAGCUAUUUAUACUUGUUCUACCUUAACUGAUGAUAUAACUAAUGAUAAAUCUAAAUCUAAAUCUAAAUCCAAAUCUUCAACUUCAUUAUCUGCUUCAUCAUCAUCAACUUCAAUAAGUUCAUUAAAAUCAUCAACAAAGAAUAAUUCUCUUGUAAGUUCUAUUGGGAAAUUAUUUAAGAUCUUAUCGAUUGAUGAAAAUGAACAAUCCAAGAGUAAUUCUAAUGUAAAGAAUAAACAAGAAGAAAAUGGAAAUGGAAAUGGAAAUGGUGAACCACCAGUUACUAGAAAUUCUGCUUCUUUAACUUCAUUAUCAACAUCAUUCUCAUCAUUAAAAUCAAGAUCUUCAAGUCCAAGUUUAAUGUCCUUUGUUUCAACUCCUACUUCAAUUACUGAUUCUACUUCAUCUUCAAUAAAAGAUUUUGAUAAUGAAUCAAUAUCUUCAAGUAUUCAAACACUUGAUAUUCAAUCUAAGGCUUCAUCUAAAUCAUCCAAAUCAACCUUUUAUAAUACUCAACCACCGGAAUUAUCAAGAAUGCCACCAGAAAUUGUUCGACCAAUUUAUAAAUUUGAUAUUAUCGUUGAUCAUGAUUCUAUGAAUGAGAAAUUUAAUUUUAUUCAUAAUCAAUAUAAUAGUAAUGGUAAUGGUAAUGGUAAUGGUAGAUUACAUACAGGUGGAAGAAUUAGUUAUUUCCCAUUAUGUCCUCGUAUUCCAUUAAUUUCAAUAUUUAUGAAUAAUGAUAAUUAUGGAUCUAAAUUCUUUAUUAACGAUGAAGAAGAAUUAUUUAUUGAAAAUCUUGUUGGAGGAAAUAAUGAAACUGAUAAUAAUAAAUGGAAUUUUAUAGAACAAGAACAAGAACAAGAAUUUGAUGAAUUAUUUAAUUAUUUCCAAUAUUCCGAUAAUUCUAAAUUUAUAAAAUUAGUUAAUUUAGGUAAAAGUCUUAAUGAGUUAAAUUUACUUAUUGAAGAAUUUAAAUUAUUCUUAAAUAAGAGAAUAGAGAUUGAUCAAUUUAAUCAAGAUAUUUCUACCAUUAAUGAAUUCAUUUAUUUUAAAAAGAUUAUACCAUUCUUAUCAGUUGAUAGUUCUAAUGAAUUGAAAUUAUUGAAUGCCAGUUAA